ACAGGAAACAAAGGUAAUUUGCAAAUGCAAAUCACACCAACAGGAACAAGAGACACUGAGGCAAAUUGCAGGACCAGGGGCAGAAGGCAGAAAUUGGGACAGAGACCAACUUUCCUGCAUUAUCAGCAUAAAAACUUGGAAAGGAAGUGGUCACAGUGUCAGGCUGGAGCUGGACCAUAUCAUGAAGGAAUCAUCUUUUAAAGGAAGAACAUGUCUCACCAUCUUUCUCCUUCUGCUCACGGCUUUCUUAAUAUUCUUGCAGCUUAACAUAUGGGACACAUUGUUUCAGCCUAAAAUGAGCUCCCCCAUCAUCUACCCGAAAGCUACUACUAAACCUCCCAAAGUCCGCAGCAUCUGCAACUUCCCACCAUUGUCCCCUAAGGAUGCUCUGGAGGAACGCCUGAUACUAGAAUCUGUUGCUUGGCCUGAAACUCCUGCAUUGCCAUCUCCUCUUUCCCUGGAGCUGACCAGUCAUCCAGCUCACAGCUCUUUCACCAUUCUCCCAGCGAGAGGAGGAGGAGGACAGUGGCACGUAGGGGAUCAGCUGGAAGUUAGCAUCGCCAUCUCUGACUUCAAGGGACAACCCAAGAAGUCUGGGGAGGACUUUUUAGUUGCCCGGCUGCACAACCUAACGCUUGGUGCAGGUGUAGCUGGGAAAGUGGUGGACCAUCUCAAUGGGAGCUACUCUGUUGUCUUUCCUUUACUCUGGGAAGGAGCAGCUCAGGUUGAGGUGACGCUAGUUCAUCCCAGUGAAGCUAUCACAGUGCUGAACAGGUUAAAUCGUGAACAUCCUGACAGGGUAUUUUUCAUAAGCGUCUUGAGCUUAGGCUCACAAUCUCAAACCACCAUCUGUAACAUCUGCCUGCGUCAAACCAAGCAGCCAAUCUGCGACUUCACCGACCCUCGAACCGGCGAUCCUUACUUCUGCUACAAUCCAAAGAACAUGAGCUGUGAUGCAAGGAUCGCCCGCAGCAGUGCAGUGCAAACUCCUGCACUGCUCAAGGCCAAGGAGGAUAAGCUCUUUCAAGGUGGUGUCAACUUGAAAGUCCGCAUUCCGGCUUCAGGACCUGCCGGUGUCACUGUUUUACCAAAAAAGGAGGGUCAGCCAGAGGUGGAGAGCAGCAUUGUGAACUUUCAAGCCUCUGGCUAUUACUACCAGGGUUUAUGGCGAGCACUAGAUGGCACCAAAGUUCGCCAAUUCACCGGCGCAUCUGCCAUCACUCAGUGUCUAAAAGGCAAAGUGGUCCACAUGUAUGGAGACUCUACCAUCAGGCAGUGGUUUGAGUUCCUCAACGCAGCACUACCAGAUCUUAAGGAGUUUAACCUGGGCAGCUCGAGGCAAAAUGGACCUUUCAUGGCCUUAGACUAUAAAAACACAAUCAUGGUGACUUUCCACCUCCAUGGUCCUCCUCUCCGUUUUAUCGGCUCAAUGGAAGAAAUUCGUUACAUUGCCAAUGAACUAGAUGACUUAAUCGGGGUUCCCAACACUGUUGUCGUUUUUGGCAUCUGGGCUCACUUUGGUUCUUUCCCCAUCGAGGUGUACAUCCGGCGGCUACAAAGGAUCCGCAGUGCGGUGGUGCGGCUGUUGGACAGGGCUCCAAAAACGGUGAUCAUCAUCAGGACUGGAAACGCCAAAACUGUGAAGCUUCUAACGGCAACAACCAACGGCGACUGGUUCUCGAUGCAGAAUGAUAAGGUGCUAAGAGCCAUUUUUAAAGGACUGAAUGUUCAUCUGAUUGAUGCCUGGGAGAUGGUCCUUGCUCACCACCUGCCAAACAACCUCCACCCACAACCUCCUAUUAUUAAGAAUAUAAUGAAUGUUCUCUUCUCCUACACAUGUCCUCAAAAGGGCGGCUAGAUAAUAAUAAUACAUUUUAUUUAUCAGGCACUUAUUCAACAAUUACGCCAAUUGUAGUGUAUAUUAUAUUCUUUGCAAACUCUUGCGGGCCACAUAAAAUGAGGUCGCGGACCAAUUUUGGCCCGCAGGCCUUGAGUUUGACAUCCCUGGUCUAAACAAUAGAUUGAUGUUUUCAAAUGUUUUUUUAAUAACUCAAGUUGAGAGAUGAAACAAAUUAUAAUACCAGCCUUAAUAUUAAAUGACAUCCAACUUAACUUCAAAAGUCAUACUGUAUAUUCCUAAAAAUAUACCUCAGAAGAUUUGAAUGUGUUUUUUAAGGAAGAGAAACCGGUUAUUUUGAUGAUGGUAGGAUGUUUAUCAAAGUAUUGGUGUAACACUGUUAAUGUAUUACACAUACUAAACAAGAUGCUGUUUUGUUAGUGAGGGGCUCCCUGGGGAAAUUCCACAAGAUGUGGGACCCCUUCUACAGGUAUAUACGGGAGCUGGACAUGCCGGAUGUCUCUGUACAGUAGUGUGGUGGACCUGCGGUGUUGAAUUGUGAUUAAUGGGUGGCUGACUGACCAACAAUUGAUAUGUUUUAUUUGAUGUGUUGGUGUUUUUGUUUCCAUUUUACACAUUGUUUGACUUUGACUUUUUCAUUUCGUUAUUAAUAAUGGAUUUAGAUUCAGAGCCUUUAGUUUUUGAUUUAGUUUUUUCUGUUUUUGUCCUGUCUCAGUCCUGUCCCCUUUUUUCUGUUCUGUUUGUUUAUUAAAAAAAAAGAAAGUU